AAACGAUCAACAUAGUUUUCACCGGGGGAACAAAUUAUUAAUCUCCUUCUCCAACAUAAAAUUAACAUUAACUGGUUGUCCUAGGAACAAAAGAGAAGCCCAUUGACGAAAGAUUUGGAAUUGUCAACUGCCUUGCCAAUUUCAUUGUACAGAGUUUUCAGUGUUUCACCCAUUGACGUAUGGGCACGUCAGGCGGCAGACAGGCCCACCUCAGAUUUCAGCCAAUCUAAAAACGCCUUCUCGCCUUCAUUCUCCUCCCCCAAAAAUUUAGAGAAACACAUAAAAAAGCCAAAAAUAGGAAAAGCCAAAUAAAAAGAAGCCUUGCUUUCUUUCUUCCUUCCUUUCCAUCCUCCACCUGAGCCUCUAUUAAGAUCCGAUCGAUCGAUCCUACAGCCAUUUCCCCUUUCCCUUCUCCCUUCUCCCUUCUCUUCCGGUUUCUGCUUUCCGCUUCCCUCUCCUUCUCUCGCUUCAUUCAAUUCAUAUAUUGGCGGCGGUUGGCGGUGGAUGGCAAGAACCAACAAGUAUGCCUCUAUUAACUUCAAUCAUGUUUAUGAGAAGAAUCUGACCAACGGCGGUGCUGCCAACGGCAACGGCAACCACCCAUCCUCCGCUCCAUCGCUCUACUCCACGAUCGCUUCUCCCAACAGCUUCAACAACCCCAACAAUCUCUACAAGAAUCAUCUCCCUUCCGCCCGCUCCCAUGGCCGGAUGCUCGUUCUGACCCGACCCGCUACCAAACCCGUCUCCGCCCCGGCUUCCCCUUCCCCAAUUGUCUCCCCUCCGAAACAGCAGCCGACCCCGACGCCGUCUGAGGUAGCUUCCGUUCAGGAGUCGCUUCGGGCCGACCCGAGUUCGGAUAAGAUUUCGCUUCGUCCUUUGGGGCGGACCGGAGGCGGUUCUUUGGUCUCUCCUCCUGCGAUUCUCGGAACCCCAUCUCCGAUUGUGGGUCAAGAGAAAGAAAAGGAGAUCGGAGUGGGAUCGCCCAAGCCGGACAAAUUCGUGCCGCCGCAUCUUAGACCGGGUUUCGUCGCGAAGCAAGAUAAGCCCGGACCCGAGGCGCUUCUUCCCGGGAGGGAAACGGGUCACAGGCAGUUUCAGAAUCAGCAACAGGGGCAUGUCGGUUCUCCGGGCAGAUAUGGAAAUGAUGGCCGACCGAAUUCUGGCGGUGGUGGGUAUGAUAGGACGAGGAGAGCUGGAAGCGGCGAUGCCGAGCCUGGUUUGUUGAAUCGGCCCAGAUCCGGUGGGAGUCGACCUAGUUCCCGUGGAUGGUAUUGUUUUCCCUCCUAUUUGAUCCAAUCUCUGCAGCUUGAAUUUUGGGUUGCUCUUGUCUUAUGCCUUCCUCCUCUAUUGUUAGAAGUUCCAAAUGUUUGGUCGUUAUCUCAUUGUUGCUCUGUUUCUGAGCCAAAUGAGGAUCUUUUGAGCUUUUGCUUGAUAUGCAUCUGCUUUUCUCCAAACAUAAAGCUCUCCAUUUUCGCCUGUCAGUGCUUAGUUGUUCUGCUCUUUAGAAGGCUAAACUUUGAAUCUUUCCUCUCUGGUAUGAAAGAUAUGAUCUUCAUAUCGGAAAUGCAAGGUUGGGCACAAAGAAUUCUGGGAUCGAUACGUUCCUUUCAUAUGUCUAUUAAUUUGGAAGGCCUUGUUGCCAUGGAUUCCUAUUUGUGUGUAAUAAUAACUUUGGAUAGGUUACUUCAUGCAUAGAAUGUAAGUUGGUAGCGUUUAGUAACUUGCACAGUUGGUAAUCCUUCUUCCCGAAUUAGUUGGAGUUGAGGUUGAUUUAAUGAUCUGAUUGAUACCCCGAAACAGAAAAACGUUUCCCACUUCAGCCAUUUGCGUUAUUGAGCUAGGAAUCCUAUAUCCAGUUUGGCCAUCUACUUUCUUGUUUGGCUUGUGGGUUAUGUUAAUCAAUCCUUGUAUGCUUGUUGUCAUUUCGGCUUUUCCCCCAUAUCUGGUCAUUUGAUGCUUCGGUUUAUGUAAACCGUCUGUAUUAGGACAAGCAGUAAAUGCAGAGCACAAUGCCAAAAUCAAUAUAAGAUAUGCUGUAUCUAGUAUCCUGUUCAAGCUACAAAAUUGAUUUUGCAUUAUAGGUUGAGAUUUAUGCAUUACCGAGAGCCAUGCUAAGCAACUGAACAAACUUUGGUGUUGCAGAUGCUGAGUGCCAAGCUGCAUUAUUUCUGAGGUACGAGCUUCUUUCUGGCUACUACGGUGAAGGAUUAGAUACUGGUUCCCUGAUACUUUGGCUUGGCCUACUACUUCAAUUCAUAAACAGACGACUGCUGUUAGAACUCGAGGAAGAUAGGAAAUUUAACCUGGUGGACACCUUCUGGAUUUCUUGACUCCCAGAGUGAUAGGAAGACCAAGUUCCAGGGGCUCCAAGGGGCUGAAUCAUCUUUCCUGCCUUUGUAAUUUGAUCUCUUACCCACCCUCUGUCGAAAACCAACUUUGAGUUCCUUUGUAGUGUUGGAAGUUCUACUUCUGUGUUUACUUUCUCUUUUGUUUGUUCUGUUCUGUUCGAAGUCGAUUGCUUAACUUUGGAGUGGCGGUAAGCUAUCUUCUUUUUAUGCCGCCCACUGUGUUACUCUUCCAGUCAUGGAUUCAAUGUACAAGUUCUUCGCUAAUGUUCGUUUUAUUAGUUAGAAGAUUCUGUGAAAUGGAGGGUCGUGUAAUGAACAGGAAGGAACAGCAGGAAAGUGUGGCUAGUUCACAAAUUCCUUCCAACCCAGAUCGUGAAAUGUGGUUUCUUCUUCUGUGGACAGCAAAUGAAUAUUGUCAUGGAUAGAUCCACGUUUACAAUACAGCAGGCCUUAAAGACGAGACGUUGCAAUCAAUGAGAUGGGACUAACGUGAAUAAGAAAGAACAUUACAGGUG